AUAGCGUUUCUACAGGGGCAAUCCGUGCGAAAGGAUGGGUAAUGCGCAAGGCAUGGUCAAAUCCUCUGCGACACGUCAAAUUGCGGAUAAGCAACAAGAGCGAAAGCCCACCGUAGGUCGCAAAGCCGUAAAUACCGAUGGAAAAGUUGUUCAAAUCGCUGCAGCAGCGGCUGUUAUAGACAGUGACCACUGCAAUCAACCGCGUUCGCACCAACAGCAGCGUACAGCUAUCAAGGUCACCUCGGAGGCAUCCAAACCUGCCGCCAAAGGUGGAGCCGGAGGCACUAGUCCAGGACACAAAGUCACAGUUGCGUCCACUUCGGGCUCGAGUGGCUAUGUGACAGCAGGAAUCAGAGACAUCAAGUCAAAGUACGAUAUAGACCCCCGAGAGAUUGGGCAUGGCCACUAUGGAGUUGUUCGCAAAGCAAAAAACCGAGAGACAGGGGAAGCAUUUGCCAUCAAGUCUAUCCGUAAGGCUAAAGUCAGUCGGCUUGACUCAUUGCGCCGAGAGAUUGACAUUUUACAGGCAGUUGAUCACCCGCAGAUCAUCAAGCUGGUGGACGUGUAUGAAGAUGACAAAUUCUUACAUUUAGUGACGGAGCUUUGCACAGGCGGCGAGAUGUUUGAUCGCAUCAUCGCAAAGACUAAGUCGGCUGAAGGUCACUAUUCUGAGAAAGACGCUGCCGUUAUCAUGCGCAAGAUUUUAGAUGCCAUUGAUUACUGCCACACGGUGCAUAAUAUCUGCCACCGUGACUUGAAGCCCGAAAACUUCCUCUUCAAAACCGAGGACCCCUCUGCUGAACUGAAAAUAAUUGACUUCGGGCUUUCUCGCUUCGAGGACGACCAAAAAUACAUGACCACUCGCGUGGGAACACCUUACUACAUUGCACCUGAGGUGUUAAAUCGCAUGUAUGACAAGUCUUGCGAUCUGUGGUCCAUCGGCGUCAUUAUGUACAUCCUGCUUUGUGGCUACCCUCCCUUCUACGGUGAUACUGACGCCGAUAUUUUCGCAUCGGUGCGGCGCGCCGAGUUCACUUUUCCAAGCCCGGAGUGGGACGACAUUUCCCCCAGCGCCAAGGAUCUCAUCCGCAAAUUGCUGAGUAAAGACCCGCGAAAACGACCUUCGGCUGCCGCUGCUUUGAAUCACGAGUGGUUUCAGGUAUUAAAAAAGGACGGAGAGAUUACACAGGCCCUGACAGAGCACCUUCGCAACAGCCUACGUCGGUUCAUCGGCAUGAAUAAGCUCAAGCGCGUUGCCCUGACGAUCAUCGCCGAGCAGGUGGCGGAGGCCGACGUGGCGCACGUGCAGAAAGCCUUCGAGGCUCUGGACACGAAUAAAGACGGCGUGAUUACCGUGGCUGAGUUGCAGCAGGCGGCCGAGCAGGAGGGCCUUACUAAUGUAAAGGAGCAGGUCGCGCGCCUCAUGCACGGGGUGGACGUGAACGAGAACACCGCCAUCGACUACAACGAGUUCCUCGCAGCGACGAUGGAGCGCUCUGUGUACGUGCGUGACGAACACAUCCGGCGUGCCUUUCAGCAUUUUGAUCAGGACAUGGACGGACACAUCACCGUGCAAGACCUGGUGGAGGCGCUCGGCACGGAGGAGAACGCGCGUGAGGUGCUUGGCGAUAUCGAUCGCAACGGAGAUGGCGUUAUCAGCUUGGAUGAGUUUAAAAACAUGAUGGAGGCGGCUGGCAGCUCCUCUUUCUCGCGUCACCUCGACGGCAAGUAG